CUCUUCAAUCGCAUACGAUGGCCGACGAGACAACGCCCCUCAACCCCAGCGGCAGCUCGUCCAGCGCCGGCCCAUCCACCGGCACGCCGAAGGGCGAGUCGUCAAUGGCGCGCGUGCUCAACGACGUCUCGGAGAACUUCUUCCAGCCCUUCUCGCAGGGCGCACUAAAGCUUCUUCCCGCGCGCGGAGAAGGAAUCCGGGCGAAGAGCAAGCGUGGGGACCGUCUUCCGGACUCCGAGGAGCGCCCGCUGCUCACCGACUACCACUCGAUCAACGACCCCACGAUCCGCGUACGCGUACCCAAGAAGAAGGCGACGCCCGUAAAGGUCGAGCCCAAGGUCUGGUUCGCGAACGAGCGCACAUACAUCGCCUACCUCUCAAUGGGUGUGCUGCUCUCCACGAUCGCAACCGGCCUCCUCUUCGGCGCCAAGGACCACCCCGCACGGUGGUUCGCCCUCGGCUACGCCCUCAUUUCGGCCGCCACCCUCAUCUACGGCUAUGUGCUGUACCAGAAGCGCCUGACGAUGAUCGCCGCCCGCUACCCCGGCAGCUUUGACCAGCUCGUGGGCCCGCUGCUUAUCUGCGGCUCGCUGUUUAUCGUCAUCCUGGCCAACUUCGUCUUCCGACUCGUCGAGGCGCGCAAGGUGCACGAGCCGCACGGCACCGACGCCAGCCCGCUGUCGUUUGCGUAUGCGUGGCGCGUUGCGGGCGAGAAGAGCACGUGGCUCAACUAGGCAGCGGAGGAUGUGGGGGCUAGGCGAGCUCUAGCCUCGGGAGGGAGCAGGCUGCGCGCAGCCUGAUGGACGGUGCGGGCGAUAUAGCCCGGUAAGCUAAUUCAUGCAUUUGUGAGCUGU